AUGAGGCUGGGACAUGCAUGGUUCGCCGUCGCAACGGCAUUCACUCCUGUACAAGCAGAUCGCGGACCAUAUUCCCAGUCGAGUCGCUUUGAAGAUGGGGAGCUUGGACAAUGGCCAACGGAGACCUAUCGUUCGAGUGCUCUGAUGGGGCCCAUAUUGAACUACGUGGAGUCCAAUCCUCGAUGCAAGGAUGGGAAAUACACCCUGAUUGCGCCCCGCGGAACGGCAGUGCGAAAUCCGGGGCCCAUGAUUAUCGAUCAGGACGGUCACCUGGUGUGGACCAAAUACUACGGCCAGACGUACAACGCGAAUGUGUACAGUUACAAGGGCCAGGGCUAUCUCACGUUCUGGGUCGGGAACGAUGGGAUCGUUGGUCAUGGCGACGGGACAUACUACAUGCUAGAUUCGGCCUACGAAGAGGCGUAUACGGUCCGGGGAGCCAACAGCCUGCCUGCAGACCUCCACGAGUUCCAGAUCACCGGUGAUGAAACCGCCCUCUUCACCGUCUACGACGUCGUCCCCGCAGAUCUACGCUGCUCUUCCAAUGGCGCGCAUCCGAACACUUCAACCUCACUGACGGCUACACGCGGCCGCGAAGGCACCGGCGACUCCCAAGACAGCCCCUGGGACUUCUUCCACAUCAACAGCGUCGACAAGGACGCGACGGGCAACUUUCUAGUCUCCUCGCGCUACAUGAGCUGUCUCACGUACGUCGACGGCCGCACAGGCGACAUCAUCUGGCGCCUCGGCGGCAAGCACAACGACUUCCACGACCUCUCCGCCGGCGCCGCCACAAACUUCACCUGGCAGCACCACGCCCGCUUCCGCGACAACGGCACGGCCAUCACGCUCUUCGACAACGCCUCCCGCGGCGAGGGCGCCCCGCGCCUCACCAGCCGCGGCCUCUACCUCGACCUCGACACGCAGCAUAUGACCGUCCGCGUCCGACACGAGUACUGGAACCCGCACCCCAUCAGCAGCCAGUCCCAGGGCUCCGUCCAGCUCCUCGACAGCGGCAACGUCCUCCUCGGCUACGGCGCCAACGCCGCAUGGACAGAGUACACCAUCGCCGGCGACGUCCUCUGCCACGUCCACUUCGGCCCGGCAUCCGCCUUCGGCGCAGGCAACAUCCUCUCCUACCGCGUCUUCAAACACCCCUGGACUGGCCGGCCGCGCACAAACCCGGCUCUCGCCCUGUACCGCUACGAAGCAGCCGUCAGCUGGAACGGAGCUACGGAGGUCGCGACGUGGGUCCUUGAGGGCUCGGACACACAGCCUGACGAUGACGACGAGGCGUCAAUAACCUUCCUCACCGCCGUCCCUAAAUCCGGCUUCGAAACUAUCAUCCCCGUCCCCGCGCAAACAUCCCAGGACUACCUGCGCGGCCUUGCCCUCAACGCUACGGGCCAGAUCCUCGGCGCGACGGCAUGGAUGCACUGGGACCCGGCGUCUGAGGAAGUCGCUCUCGGCCCAGACGACAGCGACAGCGACGAAUCGUCCUCGAUUGAUGUACGCGCGUUCCUGUUCUUCGCUGUGGGGUUCGCGUCUGCUGUUGUUCUGGCCGUGUGUACGUGGUUUAUCCAACGGCAGUUUGCGGUGCGAACUGCUGGCCGAGAAGGUAGUCGAAAACGGGGCGGGUGGAAGUCCGUUGAUGAGUUCAAUGGGGAUGAGCAUGGUCUUAGCGGAGGGGAGGUUGAGGGGGUUGAGUUUUCGCUGUUGGGGAAUGAGCGAUUAUUGUCGCGUUCGGCUUCGAGAGAAGAGUUUGAUGAUGAUGGUGAUUGA